AUGUCGAUCCCGAUACCAUACGCGAUCGGCAUUCGAUUCCUAUGCUAUUGCUGCAGAGGCCUUUUCCGAACAUUCCUUAAUCGGAAAACUUCUUUGAUCCAGUUUUGGACUGAUUCUUUUUACUUUCCAUAUCUCCUCUUCCUCCUCCUCGUAUCUUCUUCUGUUCGUUUAUUCACCAGAAUGAAUUACGGUGCUGGGUUAGCAUUGCCUCAUUCUGGUAAUGGAAAUGGUUUUGUGUUUCCUGUAAAUAAUAUCAAAGACGGUUUGCUUGCUGGUAGUGCUGAGCCUCCUGACCCCGAGGCCGACUAUGUCGAGAAGGACCCCGGAGCCCGCUACUUUCGGGGUUGUAUUGAAGCUGCAGCUAUAGUCAGAUAUUUAUGA